AUGGAACAAAGAUGGUCUCACAGUAUUAGCCACAAUGCUCUGAAGAAGAGGUGGAGGCAUAAACAAGUCACACUAAAUGAAGAUGAACAUUUUAAGAAUGGGGUGACACUGAAAAAUCACACGGGUGUCUGGAAGCAGCCUCGCUGCGGAGUCCCAGACUAUCCUCGUUUAAUGAAACUGGAUAUGCCUCACUACCGGCUGAAGAGUAAAAGGGAAUACCUGGAUAAGAACCAACGCAGGAAGCAUAAAGUAAAGCGCAUCUUGCAGGAGGCAUUCGCAACAUGGAGCGCAGUGACUCCUUUGAGGUUCAGAGAGGUCUCAGAUGAGAAAGCUGAUAUCAUAAUUGACUUCAACAGGUACUGGCAUGGAGACAACUUACCGUUUGAUGGACCGGGAGGAAUACUCGCCCAUGCUUUUUUUCCCCGUACGCAGAGAGAGGGAGAGGUCCAUUUUGAUUACGACGAGCACUGGACAGAGGGCAACAAUGUCGGUACUGACCUUCUCCACGUGGCAGCACAUGAGUUUGGUCACGUUUUGGGCCUUCAGCACUCCCUUGAGCCGGAUUCUGUGAUGAGUCCUUUCUACAGUGAAUCAUACCCUCUGCAGCUGAGUGACGAUGACAAAAGGGGCAUUCAGUAUUUAUACGGACCCCCACGACACAUACGGCCUGAGAUUACAGAGACUAAUGAGAUCAGUAUUGAACAGCCGGAUGCCUGCAGAACAGAUUUCGAUGCUGUAUCCAUGAUCAGGGGAGAGCUGUUCUUCUUUAAGUCUCGAUACGUUUGGCGUAUCCGUGAUGGACAGCUGCAAGCCGGCUAUCCGGCCUUGUCGUCGCGCCACUGGAGAGGUUUCCCUGAUUAUGUGGAUGCAGCCUACGAGGACAAGUCUGGCAACAUCUGGUUCUUCCAAGGCGACAGGUACUGGGUGUAUGACGCUGAGAGGAGGAUAACAGGACCAGAGUCAGUACAGAUGCUUGGUCUUCCUGUAAAUGAUAUCGAAGCGGCUUUAAAAUGGGAAGAAAACCACGUGGAGAGCGUCUACCUCUUCAAGUCCUAUUCCUUCUGGUCAUUCAAUACUCGAGAGAAUCGCGUUAAUGAUGUCCAUCCUCGCAGCAUGCACGACUGGGUUGGGAUGCCCAGUCACAUUGACGCGGCCUUUUGGGAUGGAUACGGCUAUGCCAAUUUUAUGAGUGGGCUGUACUACUGGAAGUUUGAUCCUGUGACGCUGAAGGUGCUGGAGGGUUAUCCCCGCAGAAUCGGCAUGGACUUCUUUGGCUGCUUGCCGUCUUUGUAG